AUGGCUGACGAUAGGAAGGAUGAAGCUAAGGCACCGCAUUGGACCUCAAGUCAGAUAGCAGAGGCUGCUUCACACUCACAUUUGCCAGAGAUCAAGGAGCAAAGUGGCCCAGGUGAAGGACUGGUCAGAAGUGCCAAUGGAUUUCCAUACAGAGAGGAUGAAGAUGCAGGAUACGGUGCACUUGGGCAACAGAGCUCAUAUUCUAGGACCAAAGAAAAUGGGAUCAAUGGAGAACUGACUACAGGAGAGAAAGAAACUGCAGAAGAAGUAUCUGCAAGGAUAGUCCAAGUAGUAACAGCUGAAGCUGUGGCAGUCCUAAAAGAUGAACAGGAAAAAGAAGCCCAGCACAAAGAUCAGCCAGCACCAUUGCCUUUAGCAGUCGAAGAGACAGCUAACCUGCCUCCUUCCCCACCCCCAUCACCUGCUUCAGAGCAGACUGGAACAUUGGAAGAAGAUUUACUUGCAGCCUCGAAGAUGGAAAUCCACGCCCAAGAAGGUACAGGCCUUUUCGCAGCUGAGCCAUUCGACACAAAGGAAUCAAAGAAAGGAAGUAAGACUAGUGAGCUACCAUUACUUGAUGCCUUAGUUCCACAGCCAGCAAAAACAGAGACUAUAGAAACAACAGAACCACAGAGCAAAGGAGAAAAGAAGACACUUCCAACUCUGUUGGGACAGACUUUGGAUACAAGUUCACAAAAGGAAGAAGACAGAAGUUCUAUAAAAACUGAUACUGAUUCUACUGACAAGUCACAUCUGCAUGAAGAACAAAAAGAUUUGUCAUCACAAUUGCUCAAAGAAAGUAAAACAGAUGAACAAAUUUCAGAGGCCCAGAAACCAGCUGUUGAAGUACUACCAUUGAAGUCUAAAGAUGAUCAAGCUGGUAUUAAAGACAGUGACUUUACCUCUCCUGAAAGCAUUGCUUCUUCCUCACCUUCAGAAUCUAAAGUGGACAUAAUUGACACUAUUAAAACUGCUGCUUCUGAAACCUUACCAUCUGUUUUACAUAAAUCUGAGGCAGAUGAUAGUAGCAAAAUAUCUAUGGCUAAAGAAAUUGCAAAAGACUUUGCAAAACAUCAAGAAAUGGAGAGUGAACAAAUUAAAAAACAGGAAGAAAUUGCAGUGGUGACCACUCCUGCCUCACAACCAAUUAAGGAGCAAAUACCCAGCCAGAAUGUUCCUGCUUGGGAGGAAGAAAAAGAUAUGACAGAAGAUGAAAGUGAUGAAGAGAGGAGCUCCAUUUCCAGCGGACAAAAGUCCAGAGUGUUAGAUAGUCAAUUUUUGGCAUCUGAUAAGCAAAAAGCAACUGUUUUGGAUACAAAAGAAAUAGGAAAAGAAGCUGAUCCUAAAAAAUCAUAUAAUGCUCUCAAAGCAGAACAGUUGGAUUCAACACGAGAUAUUAAAAAAGAGGAAAAACACAGUGCUGAAGACAGAUUCAGUGAAGAAUUAUUUCUUGAAAAGGUUGAGGAGCCUUUAGAUAAAGUUACAUUGCCUGAAACAAAAGAGAAAACCCCUCCUGAACCCAGUAAAGACUCUCUGCCAAGAAAAGAUUCUGGAAAGGAUGGAAAGGGGAAAAUGUUUUUAGUUACAGAUUCAGAAACUCACAAAAUGCAGAUAGAGGAGGAUAAAUCAGGCAUGUCAACAUAUUUUGAGACUUCCACCCUUAAAGAUGAAGCUAUCAAGAGUGACCUGGUACAGCAGGGCAAUGAUUACUAUGAACUGAGUGAUACUAAAGAACAGUUGUACGACCCUUACAAUAAAGAUUUUCUUUUAUCAAAAAAAGAUACAGAGGAAUAUCAACCAGAGGCAUAUCAACACCCUAGGAUACCUGCUCAUGAAGUAGGGUAUAGUACUCUUGCUCAGGGCUUUCCAGAAGAUGAAGCCAAGGAAUCUAGGUCUCCUACAGAAAGAAUGUACACUAUUGACCCAAACGUAUAUGGAGAUAAGAGAGAACUCCACAGUAAGAAUAAAGAUGACUUAACCCUAAGUAGGAGCUUGGGGCUUGGUGGAAGAUCUGCCAUAGAACAGAGGAGUAUGUCAAUUAACUUACCAAUGUCCUGCCUGGACUCUAUAGCCCUGGGGUUUAAUUUUGGGCGCACACAUGAUCUUUCACCUCUUGGUUCAGAUAUCAUGGACAAUGCUAGUGAGGAUGAAGGUGAUGAUUACUUGCCAGCCACCACCCCAGCAGCUGACAAAGCUCCCUCCUUCCCAACAGAGAACAAGGAAAGGGAAGAAGAAGAAACAGAACAGAAAGAGAAAACAGAGGAGUCAACACUUAAAGAAGGGGGAGAAAUCCAGGUGGAGCCUUUGUGUGAGUCCCCCUUUCUGGCUAAAGAUUAUUACAAAAAUGGGACUGUCAUGGCUCCUGAUUUACCUGAGAUGCUAGAUUUAGCUGGCACAAGAUCACGACUAGCAUCUGUGAGCACAGAUGCUGAGGUAGCACAAAGGAAAUCCAUUCCUUCAGAUGCAGUUGUAGAGGACAGCAGCAUAACCCAGCAAUUCAUGGCUGAUGAAAACAUGACUUUAAAAGCGGACAGUCAACUAGAAGAUUUAGGUUACUGUGUUUUCAAUAAAUACACUGUGCCAAUGCCAUCCCCAGUCCAGGACAGUGAGAGUCUGGGAGGAGAAAGCUGUCCUUUUGACGAGAAAAUUAGAAGAGGUGUAGUUGCAGACCUCUCAUUAAUAGAAGUGAAGCUGGCAGCAGCUGAAAAAUCCAAAGAAGAAAAAGACAUGUCUUGUGACUUGGCGAUUUUGGGCAAGGACUUUGAACAGGAGAGAAAAGCUAUUGAUAAACUAGAUACUGUAUUAGAAAAGAGUGAGGAGCACACUGAUUCUAAGGAAGGCUAUUAUCCUGAGGAUACCAAACAUGAAAAAAUAAAGCCUGAUUCAGCUUUAGAAGGUGCAGAUGAUAAACAUCUAGUUGGACUGGAAGAGAACAUUACUUCAGUAAUGGAGAAAGAGGAAAAUGCAAUUCAUGUUGCUGCAGAGGUGGGCAAGACAGAAAUUUCCUGUAAACCAGACUAUGAUGCUAUAAAGCAUGAUAUGGAUUCUGCAGCUAGGCAAAUUGAGCAGGAAUACCAAAGUAAGUUAGUUCAUACAACUGAACAUGUCUCAGAGCAGGGCACAAAGAUUCAAGAAAAGACUCUCCCCACAUUGCCCCAAGAAUCCAUUGCAAAAGCAGACUCUAGUCAAAUGAAGGAUGCUGCCAAGCUGUCUGAAGCUGAAGUUAAGGAAAAAGGGCCUAAGCCUGAUCUGGUGCAUCAAGAAGCAGUAGAUAAAGAAGAAUCUUAUGAGUCAAGUGGAGAUAAUGACCAAGUGCAGGAAGGUUUGCCUGAAGAAACUUCAAAGACGUUUGGGGUCAAAAUAGAAUCCGAAAGCCCAUCUCUGUCAGAAGAGGAGACUGCAUCACAAGUGCUAGUAGAACAACCAGUUGCAGAAACACAUGUGUCUAAAACUCCUCAAGAAGAAGAGCCCAAAAUUCAAAUGGAGAUCAUACCACAGCCCAAGGAAGGCCAGGUGGAAUCUCUGGAGUUAGCUGACUCUCUGAAAACUGAAUAUUUACCAUGUGAUUUAAAAGAUGAGACAGUAAGUAGAGAUGCAGAAGGAGAAAAACAAGAGAAAGAGAUUGAUCAAGUAGAAGAACAGAAAGAAGAAAUUAAGCAAAUGGAAAAACAAGAGGAAGAAGUUGAGAAAGCAGAAGUAUACGAGAAAGAGUUUAUGGUAGGAGAAAAGCAUGUGGAAGAGAGUAUGAUAGAAGAAAAACAUAUGGAAGAGAGUAAGAUGGAAGAAAAGCAUGUUGAAGAGAGUAAGAUAGAAGAAGUACAUGAGGAGGAGGAGAAAAUGCAGGAAGAAGAGAAGGAAAGCAUUAAACAGGAGGAAAAGAUUAAGCCAGAAAAAGAACAGGAUGAAGAAAAUAGGCAAGAAGAGGAAACAAGUAAGCAAAUAAGUGAGGAAAUGGCCAAAGAGGAAGAGGAGGAGUGUAAAGCUGUUCCUGGAGAAAUGCCUGAACUCAAAGGAGUAAUAGAAUCAGUUGUUACAAUUGAGGAUGACUUCAUCACAAUAGUGCAGACAACAGUUGAUGAGGGAGAAACGGGUUCCCACAGUGUGCGCUUUGCUGAAGCACCACAGAGUGAUGCAGGAGAAGAGGGCUUCCAUCCUGAAGAAGACGACAUGGAGGUAGAGGAGGCACCUGAAUUUGAAACAGAGAUGAAAGAAAGCUUUCUGGAAGCCCCUGGCUCACCUAAAAGGCAAGAAAUCCCAUUAACUGAUUACAAGACAGAGAUGUAUGAUGAUUAUAAAGAUGAAACGACCAUUGAUGACUCCAUUCUGGACACCGACAGCAUAUGGGUGGAUACUCAAGAUGAUGAUAGGAGCAUCAUGACAGAACAGUUAGAGACUGUCCCUAAAGAGGAGAAGGCAGAGAGAGAAUUGCGGAGACCGUCUCUUGAUAAGCAUAAAAAAGAGAAACCUUUAAAAACGGGGAGAGGCAGGAUUUCUACUCCUGAAAGAAAAAUAGCUAAAAAGGAACCUAGCACAGUCUCCAGAGAUGAAGUGAGAAGGAAAAAAGCUGUGUAUAAGAAAGCUGAACUUGCUAAAAAAACUGAAGUUCAGGCUCACUCUCCCUCCAGGAAAAUCAUUUUAAAACCUGCUAUCAAACAUACUAGACCAACUCAUCACUCCUGUGUUAAACGGAAGCAGACAGCUGCUGCUGGUGAAACAAACCAGACUCCUGGGGUGUUUAAGCAAGCAAAGGAAAAACUUUCUGAUGGAGUGACCAAGAGUCCAGAAAAACGUUCCUCUUUACCAAGACCUUCUUCUAUUCUACCCACCCGGAGGGGCAUAUCAGCAGACAGAGAGCGAGAUGAGAAUUCUUUCUCCUUGAACAGCACUGCACCAUCCGCACGACGGACGACUAGAUCAGAGCCUAUUCGAAGCCGAACAGGAAAAAGUGGCACAUCAACCCCAACUACUCCAGGAUCUACUGCCAUCACUCCUGGGACCCCACCUAGCUAUUCCUCUCGCACCCCAGGAACUCCUGGGACCCCUAGCUAUUCCAGGACCCCUCACACACCGGGCACUCCCAAAUCUGGUAUCCUGGUACCCACUGAGAAGAAAGUCGCCAUCAUACGCACACCUCCGAAAUCUCCAGGCACCCCUAAGCAACUACGGCUCAUUAAUCAGCCUCUGCCCGACCUCAAGAAUGUCAGGUCCAAAAUCGGCUCAACGGACAACAUCAAAUACCAACCUAAAGGGGGACAGGUGCAAAUUGUAACCAAGAAGAUAGAUUUGAGUCAUGUGACUUCCAAAUGUGGCUCACUGAAGAAUAUCCGUCAUAGGCCAGGUGGGGGACGAGUGAAAAUCGAGAGUGUAAAACUGGAUUUUAAAGAAAAGGCCCAUGCUAAGGUUGGUUCACUCGAAAAUGCUCACCAUGUACCUGGAGGAGGUAACAUUAAGAUUGACAGCCAGAAGCUAAAUUUCCGAGAGCAUGCUAAAGCCCGUGUAGAUCAUGGAGCUGAGAUCAUCACACAGUCACCAGGGAGAUCCAGCGUGGCUUCCCCACGGAGGCUCAGCAAUGUCUCCUCCUCUGGCAGCAUCAACCUGCUUGAGUCUCCUCAGCUCGCUACCCUUGCUGAAGACGUCACUGCAGCCCUGGCGAAGCAGGGCUUAUGA